AUGCAAACACAUGCAAACUUCAGCAACGAGAAACUGAGUUACACCAUUCCUGGAAUGAGAUUUGGUAAAAAUAGACUUAAGAUUUUGGAUGUGUCAUAUAAUUUCUUUACUCGGUGGGUUGGACCAGUUGUUGGGUUUCAUCAUCAAGAAUUCGUUGAUGGAUCACACAAUUAUUGUGAUUUUAUAAACACACACUUCUUUGAUGAUUUCAUUUCGUUGAGAAUACUGAACAUAAGCUUCAAUUAUCUUGGCUACACAUUACAUAAUGAAACAUUUCGUAAACUAUUCAAGCUCGAACACCUGGAUCUAUCAAAUAAUAAACUGAGUACUCUUCCAAGGGACGUUUUUAAGGGCUUAGAAAAUCUACAGUACUUGAGUGUUGGGUCCAACUUUUUGAAUACGUGGAAUGCCAACAUUGGGGACCUGAUAAACUUGGAACUUUUAGAUCUCUCCGAUAAUCUCUUUGAGCAGCUUGAUGUAACCUUUAGAAAUCAGAUUGAUGACAAUGGGAGCAAUGGACUGAAAAUGAAGCUUCAUAAAAACCCAUGGAAAUGUACAUGUGAGACACUGAGCUUCUUGAAGUGGCUGGACAUUAAACGAAGUAGUGUUUAUGAUGUUCAAGAUCUACUCUGUACAGGGUCAAAUGGUGGCCAGAAAAACAUGAGCAACCUACAAGACAUCAUAAUGGAACUGGAGAAGAGCUGUGCAUCCUACACUGGGGUGGUGAUUGGGAUGCUCAGUGUCAUCAUGCUGGUCCUGACAUUUGCCGUGACAAGCAUCGUGUACAGAUACAGGUGGAAACUGAGGUACCUCUACUACGUUGCCCGAAACCGACACAGAGGCUACCUGCUUGUAAAAGAGGAGGAAGAGGAGUUCGAGUUUGAUGCCUUCAUAUCCUACGCUGAUGAGGACCGUGGACUUGUAGUUAGGAACAUGAGGCAGAGGAUUGAAGAGAUGCAAGGUCUAAAGCUCUGUAUUCUUCACCGAGACUUUCUCGUUGGGGAAACUAUCGCUGCCAACAUCCUGAACGCCGUGAAAUCCAGCAGGAAGACGGUGAUUGUCCUGUCAAGACACUUCUUGAAGAGCUACUGGUGUGAGUACGAAGUGGAGAUGGCUAAGAUGGAGAGUAUCUUCACGGGACGGAACACCCUGCUGGUUGUUGUACUGGAGAACAUCCCUGUGAAGGACCUGACCCCUGACAUUAUGAUGUUGAUGCGUCAAGAUUCCUAUGUAGAGUACACGGAUGAUCAGGAUGGUCAAGAAGUGUUCUGGCAGAAUCUGGAGCGGGCAAUACGUAGAUUAUAA